CCUGUGCCUGUGACGAUUGUUACGGGCCUGCUGGGUGCGGGCAAAACGACUUUGCUGCGGCGACUGCUGCGAGACAGUGGAGGCUUGCGCCUGCUUCUCGUUCAAAACGAGUUCGCUCAAGAGAUGGGCAUUGAGGCCCCUGCCCUAAUAGACGCCGCACAGCAGUGCCAACGGCAGCAGCAAGAGCAGGCAGUCUCGGCUCAAGAGCGCUCCCCCUGGUUAGUAAGCUCGGAUGUCGAGGCCGCUUCGGCUUCUGAUGGAACCAGCACGGAAGUGCCAUACAGCAAUCUCGUUGAGCUUCCUGGCGGCUGCUUGUGCUGCUCAGUACGGGGCGAGAUGCUUCAAGCCCUUGAGGCUCUUUUGGCUCGCUAUAAAGCGCAAAUUGAUGCCGUCCUCAUAGAAACGAACGGUGCAGCAGAUCCGCAGCCCAUUUGCGAGGGCCUUUGGUCUGAUGAGCAGCUCAUGGGAUCUCUGUAUCUCGAUGGAGUGGUUUGUCUUAUAGAUGCAGCCAGACCUCAUACCGUGCUCGCUCCGCGUCCAUUAUCUGGUAGGGCUCCUGCUUCGGGUGCUGAAGAAGGAGCAGGCAAGCGGCAGGCGGCAGAGGUAGGAGCAGGGUCACCUCCUAAAGGGGCCCUCCCCGUCUCCUUAGAGGCCCAUGGAGGCCUUGGCAUUACUGCGUUGAAGCAGGUGGCAUGUGCGGACUGUGUGCUUCUGACAAAAGUAGACCUGUGUGAGGAUCAGCAAGUGCUGCAACUGCACCAACAAAUCUCGACCUUAAACCCGGGAGCUCGUGUCUUCCGUUGCAGCCAGGGGGCUGUGCCGCUCCACGCAUUACUCGGACUGGAGGCCUACAGUAGCGGCAAUAGUAGCAGCAAGCUUCUGACGACGACGCCCUUUACUCCAGAAGCGGCAGCUGCAACCGCUGCUGCUCAUGACCUCUGGAAGCAGCAGCAGCAGCAGCACCAGCACCAGCAACACGAAUGCGAAACUGUCGGAAAUUGCUGCCAUGACAUGCUGGGUGGCCUGAACAGUGUGCUUCUGCGCUUCUCGCUCGGAGGGAGCUCUACAAAGAGCGCUCCAGAGGGGCCUCCGCGGCUUUUUUCUUUGCGCCGACUGCGGCAAACAGUAGGGGAGUUGCUGUGGGGUGAGGAUGGGAUUGACGGAGGUGAGGCGUCUGGCGCACCGUGUGAAGGGAGCGGCGAAACAAUUUUUCGGUGUAAGGGCCUUUUCCCGGCUUGGCGAGACUUUCCAGAUGAAGCAGAAGACGGCAUAGGCCGCUGGUGGAUUUAUGAACUACAGGGUGUAGGCCGAACAUUCGAGAUUCGGCGAGUGCGGAAGACGUGUGCUGCUAUCGCUACUUCAGCCCUUGCUGCUGACGGCAGCGGUGCAGUCGAAGCCAAGUUUCUCUUUGUUGGGCUCUGCCUUCGCAAGCAAGAGCUUGAGCAGCGGCUCCUGAAGUGCUUGGGGGAGGAAGAGAGGACACAAGUGUUAGCAGAUGUAAGGGCUCUCAUUCAGUUAGAAGGGCAAGAUUUCACAAAGAAAAAUUUAAUGGCGGUUUAUUUAGUUUGCGUUGAGUCUGGAGUUCAGUAUCCCCCAAUGUUACCCUUCGAUGGAGUGCUACAGGGUUGGGCAAUCCUUAGAUAUACCACUGCUAAGGCAGCUGUUCGUCUACGUUGUGGCUUUUCAGAACCAACGUUCGGUGGAUGUCAUUCGAACGAUUGA